AAUAUGUCUCCUUAACAAUUUUAUUUUCAAAUGUUAGUUGAAGGAGUCAUUCCCGCCAAUCUGGUCAACUCCAGAACUCUACAACAACGCAUCAUUUCCCUUCUUCAAAAAUGUAGCACCAUUAAAAAGAUUACCCAAAUCCACACCCAGAUCAUCAUUAACGGUUUUUCUCAGAAAAAUUUCAUCCUAGUAAACCUUAUCUCAUUCUAUAUAACCUCUAGUAAUAAUCUCCCACAUGCCCUUAAAAUUUUCGAGACUAUCGAAAAACCAAGUACGACAAUCUGGAACCAGGUCAUCCGAGGGUAUUCAAGAACCGAAAACCCUGAAAAAUCGGUUGAAUUGUAUAACCAAAUGGUUGCAACGGGGGCUAUCCCUGAUGGGUUUACUUAUUCAUAUCUUCUGAGCGCUUGCGCCAGGUCUGGGAUGUUGAGAGAAGGGGAACAGGUUCAUGGGAGAGUUUUGGCAGAUGGGUAUUGCUCUAAUGUGUUUGUGAGGACGAAUUUGGUUAAUUUGUAUGCAAUGGUAGGUGGUGGUAAUGGCAUUGGUUAUGCACGUAGAGUGUUUGAUGAAAUGGGGGAGAAGAAUGUGGUGAGUUGGAAUUCGUUGCUCGCAGGCUAUAUUAGGUCUGGGGAUGUUGAUAUGGCGAGGAGAGUUUUCGAUGAGAUGCCAGAGAGGAACGUGGUGUCAUGGACGACAAUGGUUGCAGGGUUUGCUGGGAAUGGGAAGUGUAAGCAAGCUUUGUCCUUUUUUAAUCAGAUGAGGAGGGCGCGUGUCCAGUUGGAUCAGGUGGCAUUGCUGGCAGCAUUAUCAGCCUGUGCUGAAUUGGGUGAUUUAGAAUUGGGGAAGUGGAUUCACUCACAUAUCAAAGAGACAUCACGGUUUGGAAGCCAGCAAUUGUUGGUAUCUUUGAACAAUGCACUUAUACACAUGUAUGCUAGUUGUGGUUUGAUUGAGGAAGCUUAUCAAGUGCUUAAAUACAUGCCGGAAAGAAGUACUGUUUCUUGGACAAGCAUGAUCAUGGGAUUAGCAAAACAGGGCUUUGCGCAAGAAGCUCUUGUUGUGUAUGAACGUAUGCUAAGCUUGGGAGACAGAGAAGUCAAGCCUGAUGCAGUAACCUACCUUGGAGUUCUCUGUGCUUGUAGUCAUGCUGGAUAUGUUGAGGAGGGUUGGCUUCAUUUUACACAAAUGACUCAAAACUGGGGAAUUGAGCCCAGGAUUGAGCACUAUUGUUGCAUGGUUGAUCUUCUCAGCCGUGCUGGUUUCUUGGAUGAAGCAUUCAAUCUUAUUGAAACCAUGCCUGUGAAACCAAAUGAUGCUGUGUGGGGUGCCCUACUCGGUGGUUGUAGGAUUCAUAAGAAUGUUGAUCUUGCCUCUCAAGUGGCUCAGAAAUUGGUUGCUGAUCUUGACCCCGACUAUGCUGCCGGGUAUCUUGUGCUGUUGUCAAAUGUGUAUGCUUUUGCAAACAGGUGGCGGGAUGUUGCUAAUGUGAGACAAAAAAUGAUUGACAUGGGCGUGAAGAAGCCUGCAGGUCGGAGUUGGGUUCAAAUAGAUGGAGUUGUUCACGAUUUUAUGGCAGGUGACAGUGCCGACAAACAUGCAUAUUCAAUCUAUGAUAUGCUUUGGCAAGUCACUAGACAGGCAAAGCAGGAAGGCUACGAGCCAGACAUAUCAGAAGUUUUGUAGUAAUAGUGGGGGAUUUUAGAAUUUAAUAUUUGAGCAAGGAUCUGAAGUUAUUCCUUCGGUAAGUACCAAGUUCAGAGACUUAAAAGUUAAGUCCUUCCAUUAUAACUACUAACUGUCAUCUAUUAAGUUCAGAUGCUUAAAUGUUCUCAAGUAUAACUACUAAUGUGGCACUCGUCAUCACCAUAUUUCUGAAGUAACUCUCUCUAACAGUAACUGUAUCAUAUGCUUUAUUGUGCCCUUCCACACAGAUAUUGAAAAGUUAUCAUUGUGAGCAGUGGCAAGUGCUUUUAUUUUGUAGAUGAUAUAAACGCAUA